AUGGCGUUUCUCACAACAAAGGAGCAGGUUCAACGAUAUCACGAAGAAACGGCUAUAAUGCAGGACAACACCGCCAUCGUUACUGUUGGAGCGGGUUGGAUUGGGCUUUGCACUACAUACCAUCUCUCCAAGUCACUCAGCACACAGGAUCCGAAGUCCAAGAUCGUCGUUGACGCCAGUGACAGACCGUUCGCCGAUGCUUCGUCAGCUUGCACAGGUUGUUUUCAAUACCACUUCCCUGGCCCGCUAAGCAAAAUACUUACACCUCUUGGGAAAUACUCGUUCAAUCUAUGGGCGCAAGAGGCGCAGGAUGUCGAUUUCAGAAUCGCAACGGGGUACCGGUCGAAUUCUUCCUACGGCAUUUAUCAAGGUGAUAGCAAGGGCCUUGAUAAACUUCCCACCUGGAUCAAGACAGAGACCUCUUGGGAUGUUGACACCCAGGUUCUGGGGGGUAGCACAGCUACAGUGCACGUAUUCUCCAGCUCCAAAUCUACUGUCCUUAGUUACAAGUGCUAA